CCCACUAUAGUUUUUUCUGCGCUGAACGCAAUUAGAAGGAUUAUUGCUCCGUUUUCAAUUUGACCUGAUAGCUGACUGACAACACGAAAGGAAAAAGGGCAAUAAUAAAUGGCAAACGAGCGAUGGGAUAGUGACAGCAAGACGUUGCUUACAACGGUCAACGCUAACAGCAACGGUGAUAGCGGUCGCUGUGAUAGCCCUAAUCGCAACAGUGGCGCAACUGGUAUCAUGCUCAUGCAGACUAAUCGGAAUUGGACCAACGGGAAUCAUGAGGAUCAUGAACAACACGACUCGAUUCCAAAUGAGAAUGAGAAUGAAACCUUACAGAAGAGUGAGCACACAACGACAGCAGUGGUAACAGCAACGCCUGUCCGAAACAUGGUUUUGCUCACGUCUUCGUCUUCACAGACCACGUCCUCGUCCUCGCCCUCGCCCUUGCUGGCAUUGUCGCCAUUCAAGCGCAAACGCUUUAUGGUUGAUAAUAGCACACAGUUCUCACUGGAUAUGUCUCUCAAACCUUUCACGUCGCAGCAAAUUGCACAAGCUCGCAAUAACAAUCCUCAGCACUAUGCUCGUUAUCACACCCAUACUCACACUUACACCCAAUUGACCAGCAACGAUAAUAAGAAUAGCACUAUUCUCUCAGACCACCAUCCUCUAGCAACCUCGAGAGCACCUGUGCCUUUAGUCGGAUCAAGUCCAUCGUCGUCAUUAACCUUGUCUUCACCUAGCCAAAGCUUCGCCAUAGCUUCAGUCUCUUCAGUUGAGUUUCUCUCACCAUCUAUGUCGUCUAUUAGUGCAAGUGUAAAUGCCAUGAUGUCAACUCCACGUUCAUAUUGCUCAGCGGAUAAUGAUGGCAACAGCACUGGCACGGUGUACGGAUCAGGAAGACGGGCAACGACGCCGCAUCAACAAUCACAUCAAUCAAUAUCAGCGGCAUCUUCAAUGAUGACUACAGGAAGUACCGCUACUGAAGUUGACACGAUCCAAUACCAUCAGCAAAAAUCUGCAUCGUCAGCUUAUUCAUGGAAGGCAACAUCAUCUAUUGCAAAGUGUGAUUCGGCGCAUUUCCAGAUCAGCAAUGGCAAAGGAUUAAUGGCACCGUCGACCUCCAUGGAUCAGCAACAGUUUCGUCUCCACCACCAGCCAUUAUCAGCAGCAGUGCCAUAUGUUGGUACAGGAGGGUCUUUUGUGCAAGUGCCCUCUACACCAAUGUGGCUCCAUUCUUCAGCACUGACAACAUCACAGGGAUCCGACUCUAUUGCUUCUGCCAUUGCUGCUUCACCACAGCCUCCUUAUUCUGAACUGCAUUGGCCCCAGACAACUCUAACAGCCACUUCGCCGUCAUCAGGAGGGUCAACGAUCGAGUAUACGCUUCUCCCUAGUACUUCAGAACAGUUUGUUCUCUCUGAGAUCCAUAGUGGAGUCAUCAUGGCAUCACCCGGGCCGGCUCUUUCGUCGUCUUCGCUCUCUGAAGUCAGACGUUCAUCACUUGCAAAUACAACAACACCAACAUCAACAAUGGCAACAAGUUUUGGACACCAUCGACUUAGUGAUUUUGUUAGGGCUCUGUUUUCUCAGUCCCUUGUCUCUCGUCUUUAUGCGCGCCGGCCUCACUUUUUUAGCGUUGGCUCUCAAUCCACCCCAGUAUCAUCGACAUUGUUGUCCUCUGUCAAUUCCUGGACUAUCAUUAGUCGUGAAUACAUGUCAUUUACUUUACCUUAUCCCAGUCACCAGUGUCAGCAUCGCCCGUCUAGUGACCAUAGAGAUGAUAUGUAAUGAGCAGCUGUUCAGCUGGCUGACAGUACAGUCGUUCCUUUUCAUGUCUCAAAUCCUGUGUGCAUGCUAUUCUCUGCAGCGGCAAACCAUAUCUAGCCGAAUGGCUAUGCUGGACCAGCGCUCUAGGAUACU